AUGCUCAAGCGCGACUCCGACCUGGGGUCGGACUUGGUGCUGCUUGUCGAGGAGGAGGUCGAGGGCGAGAGUCGAACGGAGGCUGCUGAUGCUGCUGAAGCCGAUGCUGUAGAAGAUAUCGAGGGAGUCGUCGAGGUCGAGCCGGGGCCGGAAGAGCUGGUGACGCGGGGCGAUGAGUGUUGGUUGCGAGAGGGGCGGAAUGGUAAGAAGCGGCUGUUUGGCACGGAGUUGCGUCAGAGGGUACUGGUUCGGUCGAGAAGAGCGCCGAUCUUUACCAGGACGUAUCCGGGGUAG